AUGGGGUGUCUCUGUUCCCCAGUGGCCCUAGCACUGCUGGCGAUAACCCUGCUGCAGGGUCCUCAGGGGACCUGGAAUCAACAGCUCUUUCCCCCAAUCUGCCUAUCGUGUGAACCUCGGGGAGCACCAGCUGUCCAAUCCCUCCCCGAGCCGGGUCUCGUCUCCUGUGCGCCAGAUCCUCAUCCACCCCGAUUACAACAGGGGGACCCGUGCAGCCGACAUCGCCCUAGUGCGGUGCCAGUGCGAUACACCGACGAAAUCCUUCCCGUCUGCUUGCCUGGCCCUUCCUACUCCUUCCCUGACAACCACAUGUGCUGGGUCACUGGUUGGGGGAGAAUAGACUCUGAGGUCUCUCUCCCACCCCCCAAGCCGCUGCAGGAGGUUCAGGUCCAGCUGAUCGACACUGCAGCCUGCAACACCCUCUACAACAUCAACCCGGCCCCUAACAUUGGCAGGGACUCCAUCAAACCCGACAUGAUCUGUGCUGGCUACGCCGAAGGGCAGAGGGACUCCUGCCAGGUGAGCUAGGUGUUUGGGUUGGGUGGAUGCACGUGAGCCCCAGCCUGGCUCCCUGUCACCAUCUAGGGCCUGCAGUGAGUAGAACAGCUGCUGCAGCCAUGGAGCUCUGGACCCAGCUUCC